AUGGGUUUGAUAGAGGAAGGAGCCUUUAGGCCUGAUGGUUACACUAUCACCCCAUGGGCUCAGGGACGGUCCCUGGCUUGGGACGUUACCUUACCCCACACUAUGGCUGACCGAUAUAUCGGCUACACUUCAGUUGAAGCGGGCACUGCUGCCCUUAAAGCGUCCGAUUUCAAAAAUGAAAAAUACGUUUCAUUAAACAAUUUAAGCAAAAUAUUUCAACCCAUUUGCAUUGAAACGUUCAGACCAACAGAUAAGCACACAUCAUUAUUUAUUAACGAAUUAACAAGAAAAAUAGUUAAUAUAACGGGUGAUCCUAACGAAGGCAAUUAUUUAAAACAAACUCUUUCACUUUUAUUACAAAAAUUUAAUUCCUUUUGCAUUCUGGAUGGAGCUGCUAGAUACCUGACUGUGCGAGACCAGGGACGUAGAUAA